CUGGCGAGUCCAAUCAUCUACAGAUGCGUUCGUGCUCCUCCCAAUAACAUUCAGAACGACGAAACUCCAUCAAAAGAAGCAUCCUAUUCCUUCAAAACUAUGUUGUUGGCCCAUACCCGUCAUCUUACAGUGGACAGGCGAUUGGAUUGGAUGUCUUUCAGCAAGUUGCUAUCGAGAACAAGACGCCUCGAAAGUAUCACAUGGCUCUUCUGGGAAGCAUCAUUCCCAGCGGAGGUCAAGGAGGUCUUACUGAAACAUUCUCCAGAUGUCAAGCUUUCUGUUGAGUCACUCUCCAUUGGACACAGAACAGACGAUGAGGAUGUACAGAACGCUGAUCUAAAUCUACUCAAGAGUCUGGUUGGCAUUCCGAACGUCCAUACCAUGAAAGUCGAAAUCAAUUAUGAGCAUCCUGUCGCCAUGAGGUGGCUCAAAGACGUGCUUCUCAGUAGCAGGAAUCUUGAGACACUCCACCUCACUCUCCCGAGGAACCAGGAUGGGCGGAUCGACUGGGAUUAUGAUGGUUUAGGCGUGUAUGAUCUUUGCAUCGAAAAGGGUGAGCAACUGGAAUCUCUGAAAGAGUUGGUGUAUGAAGCUCGUCAACCACCUUGGAGCCCAAAGCAGCUCAUUCCUACUUCAUUCUUCAACUGGUCCAAGAUCCAUCAUCUUCAGCUUCGAGGCCAUGCCCUGCAUUACUACGUCAAAUAUCUACACACGCAGGACGUAUAUUUUCAAACUCUCAGUAUAGAGUUUAUAGUAUCACCAGGCUACAGACAUGAUGGGAACAAGUUCUUGGACAAUUUUAUAGUCAAGUUACGCGGCCUCGAGAAAUUAGAACUAGCAACACCCCUCGAUCAAAUGCCGGUUGACAAAGUAGCUCUUCACGGCGACACUCUUACGAGUCUUUCAAUCAGGUCCAUACGCCGAUCAGUUGAUCCGUACUCGUUUUUGCUUAUGAUUCCCCCGUAUGAAUUGGAUCACCUUAACAAUCUCAAGGCCUCGUGCCCCCACAUCUCCUCUCUUGCACUUGAUCUUGGAAUCGUGGAUUUCAUGCCCUAUGACUUUCUCGUCUCUCUAGCCCAGUUCCCUCAGUUGACUACUUUGAGACUUUACCUCCUGUUCGCAGAAACUGGUACUUGCUAUUAUCCCAAUCAUGAUUUGCUCUGGCCCAGAGUCAACAGGCGACUCCCAAAUGUCCAUACGGAUCGUCUGACUGUGCAGCACAUGUUUCUCUACAUUUCCAUGUACAAAGUUGGCCGUCGACUCGAACAGCUCGAAGUAAUGAUGGGUGAUUUCCCGAGGAGCAUGGCGCAAAUAACGAUGAGACCUACCGAACCCGAGCGCCCUAACAUUCUGUUCAAGUGUCAUAAAGACGAUGAUGGGAAAGUUGUAGUGGAAGAUGAUGUUACGGACGAUGAGGAUCCUGUAUGGGAUCGCUAUUUCAAAGUCCAAACAUUUGAGGCUACGCCAGGACAAGCAUGGCAAGAUAAUCUGGAAGAGACAAUUGCGAAUGAAGAAGAGGCAGGUCGGGUUCUGAAAGCUGCUGAGGAUCUUGACCCCUACCAUGACGAUGAUGAUACCAGUCUCUUUGGGGACUUCUAAGUUAUCAAUAGCAUGACAAGGCGGCAACAUGCAAGACUAGUCACGUGCCACGUAAAUACCUGGACAGGGCCAGGGGCAUUUGAAGCAUGGCGUCAUCCGGUCGAUAUAACCUCCUUUCUUUACCGGAUAUUUUGCGUCUCGACUGUUUACUGGGCGAAACCUGGCCACAUGC